AUGGCUGCUGCUACUAAGAGAUACCUUCGCAGGAGAAAGCGAUUCAGGGCACAGACCCGGAGAAGGCAUGCAGGGCGAAAGAGACCUAUGAAGUCUGUGAAAAGCAGCAAAAGGCAGAAGCGCUCUGCUAGAAUUCGUGCCAAGAUGGCAACAAGACUGCGGACUGGCAGAAUGCGAAUGACCAGAGAUGCUUGGGGCAUGUUGCACUCCUUUGUAGAUGGUAUCUACAAAAAAGUGUCUGGGGAAGCUGAACGCCUCAGAAGAAAAGGUGGGCGCCCUUCCAUCAUCUCCUCAGAUGUGCAAAGUGCCUUGAGACAAGUCAUGCCAAGGAAAUACACCAGGCGUGUUGCCUACAGCAAAUCUCGUUAG